AAAGGAGAAUAGGUAAAUGCCAUAUAAAAAGGCAAACCAUAAAACAAAUUAAGCAUGCAAGCAUAUUAGAUAUAGAUGGCAGAUACCAAGAGAACUCAUAUGCAAACCAAGCUCAAGAUGGAAGCAACUACCAUUCAUGUUUCUACCUCAAUCUCUAUGGAUUUGUACCCAAAGUUGCCAAAAGAAGAUGGAGUUCUUGUGGUCUGUAAUGGUGAAAGUGGAGUCUCUGCUGCUCACCAGUCUUCUGAUCAUCAUCAUCAAGUAUUAUCGGACAGCAUAGAUUCUGGUGAUCAUGAUCAUGAUCUUAAACAUCCACGGAUUCCUGGUUGGUUUGCAGAGCAUUGUCCAAUUUGGCCAGGACAAGCACACUUUCUAAAAGUGGAGAAAAUUCUGUUUCAAGGAUCGUCCAAAUACCAAAGUAUGAUGGUUUUCCAGUCAUCGGCCUAUGGCAAGGUUUUUGUCCUCGAUGGAGCACUACAACUUACAGAGAAGGAUGAAUGUUCUUACCAAGAAAUGAUGACCCACCUCCCACUUUGCUCUAUUCCUAAUCCAAACAAGGUAUUGCUUAUUGGGGGAGGAGAUGGAGGUAUCCUACGAGAAAUAUCUCGCCACUCUUCUGUUAAGCAGAUUGAUAUUUGUGAAAUAGACUCAAUGUUGGUUGAUGUGUAUAAGCGAUUUUUCCCAGAUAUUGCAGUUGGGUACGAUGAUCCUCGUGUCUCACUGCAUGUGACUGAUGGAAUUGCAUUUUUGCAGUGUAAUAAUGCAGUUGGAAAUUAUGAUGCAAUAAUUGUGGACGCCUUCGACCCAAUAAGGCAUGAUCAUGAGCUUUUUGAAACCUCUUUCCUUGAAUUGGUGGCAAAAGCACUCAUCCCAGGAGGAGUACUGUGCAUCCAAGCAGAGAGCAUCUGGUUUGGCUCCCUUGACAUUGGAAUGCUUGUCACUAAAUGUCGAGAAAUAUUUAGAGGCUCGGUCGAAUAUGCAUGGACAAUUGUUCCUGCAUAUCCCAGUGGGGUUAUUGGUUUCUUGCUUUGCUCCACGGAGGGGCCGCCGGUGAACUUCAAGAUUCCGAUCAACGCAAUAGACACAAAUGAGAGUUAUGGGGUUGCAAAAACUCCAUUGAAGUUUUACAACUCAGAGGUACAUUCAGCUUCAUUUUGCUUGCCAUCUUUUGCUAAGAAGAUGAUUGACUCCCAACUAAUUAAUGGCCGCACCAUGAAUGGCGGGGUUGGUACAACAACUACUACAAUGCCGUUUAGAUCUGUACAUAGUGAUCAUCAAGUUCUAGAUCUUUAACCAGACGAUCGAAGCAAGUUGCUUUGAUUAGCAUUGUUUGUGCCAUCAUGACUUGCACAGUCCGACAAUAAUCUCCACCCAACUCGGACAUCAUGAUUAUGUUUCGAUUAUAUUCUUCAAAAAGUUAGAUUUGCUAGCACUACCAAUUGAUUUGC